GAACAGCGACGCAACGCCAACUGCGACGGCGACGGCGAUGGCGGCGGCGGCGACUGCAGCGGCGGGAGUUGUGCAUUGAAGAAUGGCUGGCAGAAGCGGCAGCCCACUGUGGGUAUGGGUAAGGGCAAGGAUAUGUGGCACACACGUGUCACUCAUACUACAGCCAUUGAAAUUCGACAUUGCCACUGUGAUGAUGGUCAUUCAAAGGUCAAACGCCAAGACCUUGCCCAGCCUCAGCCUCAGCCCCAGUCUCAGCACCAGUCCCAGUCGCAGUCCCAGUCUCAGCCCCAGUCGCAGACUCUGAUGCAAAAACAGAUUGAGGGAAUCAAUUGGAUCCUGCCUCAAACGGGAACAAAUCUCAAGCAAUAAUUCAACAGACCCUCGAUCUUCAAGCAACUCCCGGACCCUAUCAUAGCU